AUGCAAGCCCCUUUCGAGAAAUCCAUUGACGAGGAGAAGGAUGCAACUGUUGAUGGCGAGACGCUGAACGAUGAUGAAGGCGAUGAAAUGGAGGCAGCCGACUCUCAGCACGAAGACCAGGAGCAACAAUCAGAAAAUCAUGGAGAGAUUUCCGGCGGAGAACAAGUCGAGUCUGAUGAGAAGGAGGCCGCUGUUGAUGGUGAGCAUUUGCUGAACGAUGAUAAAAGCAACAUAACAGGGGCAGCCAAAUCUCAGCACGAAGACCAGGAGCAACAAUCAGAAAAUCAUGGAGAGAUUUCCGACAGAGAACAAGUCGAGUCUGACAAGAAGGAUGCCACUGUUGGUGGUGAGAAAGGGCUGAAGGACUAUGAAAUGGCCGAAACAGGGGCGGACGACUCUCAACACAAAGACCAGGAGAAACAAUCAGAAAGUGAAGAGGAGCAACAAUCAGAAAAUGGUGAAGAGAUGUCCAACAGAGAACAAAUCCAGUCUGGGAAGAAGGAAGCCACUGUUGAUGGCGAGAAAUGGCUGCAGGACGAUGAAAGCGGCGAAACGCAGGCAGCAGACUCUCAGGAGGAAGAACAGGAGCAACAAUCAGAAAAUGAAGAGGAGCAACAAUCAGUAAAUGGCGAAGAGAUGUCCGAAAGAGAACAAGUCCAAUCUGACGAGACGGAGGCCACUGUUAAUGGCGAGAAGGGGCUGAAGGACGAUGAAAUUGAUGAAACGGUGGCAGACGACUUUCAGCACGAAGACCAGGAGCAACAAUCAGAAAUCGACAACAAAAUGUCUGACAGGGAACAAGUCCAGUCUGACAAGAAGGAGGGAACUGUUGAUGGCGAAAAAGGGCUGAAGGACAAUGAAGGCGGAGAAACGGGGGCAGCAGACUCUCAGGACGAAGAACAGGAGCAACGAUCAGAAAAUGAAAAGGAGCAACAAUCAGAAAAUGGCGAAGAGAUGUCCAACAGAGAACAAGUCCAAUCUGACGAGACGGAGGCCACUGUUAAUGGCGAGAAGGGGCUGAAGGACAAUGAAAGCAACGAAAUGGAGGCAGCGGAUUCUCAGGACGAAGAACAGGAGCAACAAUCAGAAAAUGACGAGGAGCAAAAAUCAGAAAAUGGUGAAGAGAUGUUCGACAGAGAACAAGUCCAGUCUGACAAGAAGGAGGCCACUCCUGAUGGAAAGAAAGGGCUGAAGGACAAUGAAAGUGAUGAAACGGGGGCAGCCAACUCUCCGCAGGAAGACCAGGGACAACAAUCAGAAAUCGACAAAGAAAUGCUCGAAGGAGAACAUGUCCAGUCUGGCGAGAUGGAGGCCACUUUUGAUGGCGAGAAAGGGCUGAAGGACAAUGAAAGCGAUGAAAUGGAGGCAGCAGAGUCUCAGGAGGAAGAACAGGUGCAAUCAGAAAUCGAUAAAGAGAUGUCCAACAGAGAACAAGUCCAGUCUGACCAGAACGGAGGAGACCACAAUGAAGAUAGCCAAGAGGUGGGCAACAAUUCCGAACAGAGCUGCUCGAAAAAAGCACCAGUCAUUUAUCGGGGGCACCCGCCUCCGUGGGCCGAAGACGAUCAAGUCCAGAUUGAGCAUCUCAUUGUCGCUGACGACGUCACCAAAAUUCCAGACAAUGCCUUCAAGGAUCUUCAUGAAACCCUCACCAGGGUCGACUUCCCCAAGGAGGCACUCCAAUCAAUCGGCGAAGAAUCAUUUAUGUCUUGUCAAAAGCUUGUGUCCAUCCAUCUGCCCAACUCCCUAAGUUCUCUAGGUAAUGGAUGUUUCAUGGGAUGCGGUCUCCUGCAGUUUUUGGAGUUGUCCGUGAAUUUGGUCAGUAUUCCAGAUGGGUGCUUUGAUGGGUGUUCCAACUUAAAGACAGUUGAUCUUCCUCCCAAACUCAAGCGCAUUGAAAAGGAAGCAUUUGCUCGUUGCGCAACCCUUGAGUCAAUCAAGCUACCAAACACCGUUGUUUCUCUUGGCGACAGUUGUUUCACCGAGUGCUAUACCCUUGAGACUGUGGAGCUUCCGGCAAAUUUGACCCGCAUUCCAGAUGAAUGCUUUAGAGAAUGUUUGAAUUUGAGGUGUAUGGUGACUCCAUCGGAAGUUGAAGAACAAUCCGCAAUUCACACAUUGGGUGGAAGCGUUUUCCCCUCCAAACUUGAAUCCAUUGGAGAAGCGGCAUUUGAAGGAUGCAGCAAGAUACAAUUUGUCAAACUGCCGAAUUCACUAACUUCUGUUGGUGACCGUUGUUUCUCUGCUUGCAAUUCACUUGAGACUGUGGAACUUUCAGUGAAUUUGGUUGUGAUUCCCAUGUGGUGCUUCUGUGGGUGUUCAAGUUUGAAAUCCAUCGUGAUUCCCACUCACGAUGUCUCUAGUCCCUCUGCACUUCAAUCAAUUGAAGAAGAGGCUUUCUAUGGAUGUACAGAACUCUUGUCUAUCAAAAUGCCCAACAGCGUCACUACCCUUGGUACUUCUUGUUUUUAUUCGUGUGAAAGCUUGGAGGUUGUGGAACUGUCAGACAAUGUGACUACGAUUCCUCGGGAGUGCUUCCAACAUUGUAUAAGCUUGAAGUGUAUAGUGGCCGCCUCUGAAGCUCAAGAACAAUCAACAAUCAACUCAUUGGGAGGUGCUGUCUUUCCUUCCAGCCUCCGGACCAUAGAAAGUGGUGCAUUUUGUCGAUGUGAAAAGCUACCUACUGUCAAGCUACCAGACUCUGUCAACUCUCUUGGCGAUUGUUGUUUUAGUGGAUGCUCAGUCUUGGAGACAGUGGCACUUUCUGAAAAUUUGACCACUAUUCCGCAUCGGUGCUUCAGUGGCUGUUCCAGUUUGAAGUCCAUUACAGUUCCUUCUCUAGCCCAAGAGCUUGGCACACACAGUUCUCAUGGGUCAAUAUCUUCUUUUGGCACAUCAGUCUCGUCCGCAUCCAUGUCUUCAUUUGGGGUAAUUGUGUUGCCCUCCGCGCUUCAACGCAUAGAAGGCUGGGCAUUUCAUGGGUGCCGCAUGCUGCCAUCCAUUAUACUCCCCAAUUCCAUAAGUUUCAUUGGAGAAUGCUGUUUCCUAGGUUGUGGGAACUUGAGAAAAGUUGGACUCCCAUUCAAUCUAAAUACCAUCCCCAGAAGCUGUUUUGCUGAGUGUGAGCGCUUGAAGUUCAUCAGAGUUCCCUUUAAGGCGCAAGAGAUAGGUUCCUCUGCCUUUGAAGGGUGCACUGCGUUGCAAGCUGUUGCGCUGCCUUCCCAACUCCAAGUAAUCCACGAAUCGUGUUUUGGAAAGUGCACAAGCUUGAAGAGCAUUACUUUGUCUCUGUCCAUCAAUACAAUUGGGCGACGAUGUUUUCACCACUGCGAGUCUUUAAAAAGAGUGAGGCUGCCUCUGCUUGUCACACAUCUGGAAGACUCCACCUUUUCUGGAUGCAAAAAUCUGGAAGAAAUUGAUUUCGGAGAGUUUUUAGAGGUCAUUGGAAGCUCAUGUUUCGACGGCUGCAGGAGUUUGCGGACGCUGUCUUUGCCCUCUUCUGUCUCCUCCUCCGUCUCCUUGGGCUUUCGUGCAUUCAGUGGUUGCUCUUCUUUGCGGAGCAUUGUACUGCCUGCAUCUGUGAAAGACGUCAGUCCAUAUUGUUUCCAAGGAUGCACAAAUCUCUCUUUUGUGGAUAUUUCUGCUUCUUUGUCUUCCCUUCCCGCAAAUGUCUUUGAUGGAUGCGAAAGCUUGGAAAUUGCCGUCCUGCCCAAGGACCUCCAAUCCUUGCAUAAUGAGGUAUUCCUCCAUUGUAAGAGCCUUCAAAUCUUGAAGCUCCCAAAAUCAAUAUCAGUUGAAGAGGAUACCUUUAAAGGCUGCCCUCUUGAGUUGGAACGGUACCAAAACAUGUUUGAAGACUGUCCAGCCCAUGAAAUAUGCUACUUUCAGUCCACAGCUGAGGUCAAAGACUUGGAGAGACUCGACAAAGAAGAAUUCAACAAGCUAGAUACAGCUGGGAGAAAUCCACUGCACAUAUUGGCAGCAGCAAGCAAGAUCAACGUGAAACUUCUGAAUUUCCUGUGUCUCGAUCAUUCUGUUUUGCUGCAGUUGAAGGAUAAGCGUGGGAGAACACCUCUCCACUACGCAUCUGUAGCACAGUGCACGGAUGAACUUGUGUUGGAUACUCUGGUGCAAGAGGGGCUUGCCUUAGUCGGAGAUAGCAAAGGGGUCACCCCUCUUGAAAUCGCCAUCUUCAAUUCCCACCUAUCAAACAACAUCACAUCAAGCUGGUUCAGGAUGUUGCCUCUUUCUGUAUCGGAAGUGGUGGGAGAAGAUGCUGUCAACACGGUCCGCCUUCUGAAGGCUGAAUACAUCCAAUGCUUCAUUAAAUCAAACAGAGAGGGAAUCAUACCCCGUCCUGAGCAGCAUGGAUGGGUCAGGUUUCUCAAAAAAGCCCUGGAGGAAGGAUCUGGUGAUUCCAAACUCAUUUCAGAAUACUUGCUGGAUAUGAAACUGUGCCGCAAAGAACGUGUACUGGCUCUUGCCUAUGCCAAGGACAGGGAUGGGCUCGUUGCCAUCUCGACUGCACCACUAGUGAUCAGAGAUGCAUUUUACAAGCGUCUUUUCUUCUUGGGGAGGUAUGACCUCGACAAAGGACCUCCAAUUCACAAGUCCCCGACUUCCCUGGUCCUUUCUGCCCGCGAUGGGAAGAUGGACGAGUUCUUUGCCAACAAAUUUAAGCCCUUGAGCUCCAUGGAUAGAGAUGCAUUCCGGGCGGCUCUUCUGGAUAUGGACCUAGUCAAGGGCAACUACUUGCAAAGCAUUCGUGCCAAUCAACAGGUGGGCCGAAGAAGCAAUGAUGCAGUAUUUGACGGCUUGUGCGUCGAAAAUGAAGACGUCAUCGACGAGUUGUUCGCAAAGGUUAACAGUGGCAAACGCAACAGUAUUUCAGAAGACGAGUUUGUUGAGUUUUGUUUGAAUGAAUUCGGGAACAAAGUUGCGAUCAAAUUCAUGAAAGACAAGACCCAGUUUCAGAAAGAGACUGAUGGGCGGGAUGACCUUGACACGAAGUAUGUCGUUGGUGUCAUUUGCAAACACGAUGGCAUAGAAAUCAACAACACCGAUCUCAAUGAUACCUUGGAACCUUACAUAUUGGGUGUGCCGACAGAAGAACGGAUGAAGUACUCAAAUGUUGUUGUCAUGCCGUUUGGAGAUCGCAAUUUGGAUUCAAUAUAUCGCUGCGAGCGCCCAGACUUGAACGCUGCUCGAGUGAUCAUGAAACAAGUUGGCGAUGCCCUCAAUUAUCUUCAUGGGCGGGGUAUUAUUCACGGCGACCUCAAAAUGGCAUCUGUUAUCCGAAGUAGUGGGCGAUACAAGCUGAUUGACUUGGAUGCUUCAGUCAGGCUCAUGGCGCAACCCACAGAAUACAUUGGCGCAAAGUUUUCCUCUGGGAUCUUGCCACCAGAAAUGAUCCAUUGCAAUGAAAGCUUUACGCAAGCCAUUCAUUACGCGCAAUACUUUGGUUAUGAGCAGCCGCAAGGGCUCCCUUCCAAGCUCAAGAUCAAAGUGCCUGAAGGUGGAUUGCGAAGCUACAAUGUGAAGACGUUCCGGUUGCAGUCAAUCAUGGAGGAAGUUGAAGAUCCUUUCAACGGGGAAAUCAAGCAGGAAAAGAAGACUAUAGCUGUUACUCAUGGGCUUCCGUACAAAGACAGUCUUGUUGAAGCUGGCCUUGCUGUUGAUGUCUGGUCAUUUGGCGUUAUGCUGUAUGCAUUUUGCACCGGGGAUUCUGGGAAGUCUCUAUUCGAUGUCGACCGCAAUGAUGAUCUUAGCAGCGGAGAUGAAAUGAAGGAGCUGUAUGACUGGAGUGAAGCAACCAAGCAAGCAAAACUGGACCACGUUGUGGAUUCUGCUGCCAAGAAACUUCUGAACAGAAUUCUGAGCAAAAACCCAGCAGACAGGCCUACCUCGAUGGGAGAAAUACUCAGUGACGACUUCUUUUGUACCGAAAGAAAACUGGACAUCCACGAGGUUGCUGAUGAAGCGAGCAAAUCCAUUGAGGAAACCGUCCACGAGGAGUCCAUCAAAACUAGGGAGCAUGUGACGCAGAAGCACGAGGAGGCCAGGGAGCACCUUGCGGAGAAAAUAAGGGAGGUCCAAACGUCCAUAUAUGGCCUUUCCAGCCAGCUCCAGAAGAAUCAGUCGGCAACAACAAAAAUGCUCACGACUCUGCUCCUUGAGGCCUGCGUCCCAAAGUACUUGUAUUUGCUUCCAAAGGACACUUCGACAAUGAUGGCAAAUCCCAAAAACUGGAUCGGCACACAAGUGAUGCUGCACUUUGUGUGCCCUAUCAGUCUUGAGGUACCCUUGGAUGGGGAUGGGAAGCCCAUUGGAUACGAAAUUCAGAUGAGACAUGGUUGGGUCAAGACUUAUGGGCCAGCCCUCCUGAAGACUCUGGGUUUGCUUCAAAUUGGUUUUGCCUUGGGGCGAUGUCGCGGGCUUCCGCUGCCAUGCAAUGGAGGGGCGGACCAGUUCACGGGACAGCUGCUUUCAGACAAUGGAGUAGAAUUUCUCAAGGCAUUUGAAGGCCACGUUCGUGGUGCCUUCUCCGACCCUGAAGAAAUCGAACCAGACGAUGAAAAUGCCGAGGACUGGAAAGAACUGGCCACUUCGGCAGUAUCAGAGUUCAUUGGAGAUGCAGCAGAAGUGGAUCCUGAGCUGCCAGAGACUCAACAAUCCAUCAUUAAACUUUCCUACAAGAAAAUCAAAAUGCUUGCCCAAUCCACCAGUGAAUGGAAUGAUCCUAAUUUCGAGAACUGUGGCCUGGUGAAAGCUGUCCAUGGCCCUUCGGGUAUCUCCGAAUACGUGCACCCAGAUGUCAAGGCUCUGUUUGAGCAAAAGGGUACUGGUUGUUACGACAUGAGUCCAGAGGAGAUCGAGGCCGGAAAGCUCAGGGCAAAUUCAGAGGUGCGGGAAGCUCUUGCCAAGGAGCAGAAGAAGUAUGCGGCACUGGCGGAGAAGGCAGCUGUGUACCGAAAGCUUAAGGUUCAAGUGUUGCAAGAUGAACAAGACCGUCUUCUAGAGAGGAAGAGUCAUGUUGCAAAACAGCUAAACAACACGCCGGGGUCCCAACCAGCUUUGGACGAGGAGCUUCAGACGUUGCAAGAGGAGAUUGAGAAGAAAGCCGAAGACAUCAAACGCGAGGAGCAUCAGGUGGGUGCUGCCAAAACGUUUGCCAAGGUACAGCAAGUCUAUUGCUGUGCUGUGGAAAAGCAAAGGAAGUACCUUCCCUUCUUGUGGAAGCAACAAUAUUACGCAUGGUACGACGAUGGAUCUGUUCGAUAUUCCGACAAAGAAUCGUUUGCAGAGGAGGAUAGCAAGCUGCAUCCAGAAGUGGAGAGAGUCACGCCAGCCGACACGACGGGAUAUGGUUUCGUCUUGAAAUUUAGGGGGAAGAACCCUGAUAUACUGUUGCGUGCCAAGUCGGAGGAAGACUUCAAUGCAUGGGUCGACAAAGGAGACGCAGCAAUCCAAGCCGCUCGGAAGAAUUCCCGGUCCUCUGCGAGUUCGGAGCUACCGUAG